UAAGCAAGUUUCUUAACCUCUCUGAGCCUGAGUUUCCUUAUCUCUAAAAGUAAAGGUAAUAAUGGAACCUAUCCUGGAGUUGUAGGAGGAUGAAACGGGAUAACGCACUAUAGCCGGGAUAAGAAAUCACUCCUUUCGGGUAAACAAUUAGUAAUUGCUAUUAUUAACAUUUUCUAAUACUCAUAUUCUUUGGCAUAUACAAUGCUCAAAAGAGGGAAAGGAGCAGGGAGCUAGUGUUUAUUAAUUACUUCUUCUGUACCAGACCCUUUAGUAAUAUUUAACCCUCCCACGGGGGCCUCAGAGCGCUGGACACACCUCGGACGUGGCCGUUCUGCCAGCCACAGGCCUCGGAGGGUUUCAGGCCGGGGCCUGAGAUGGCUCCUGUGCUCUCCAGGCCACGUCAGCCUCGUGGUCAUCCCGCCCUGCUCGUUCCUCUCCCCCUCCCUACGGACCUUGGCUCCCGAUUGUAGGCAGAGAGACCAGGAUCCGGCUAGCGCGUCGCUACCGGAGGCCCACGCAGCCUAACGGCACUCGCCUCCCGCUGCAAGCCCAGCUGCGACGGUGUCGCAAAAGCGUCGCAAAGGCGUCCGUCCUUGGCGGCUCCAGGCCACCUGUUAUGAAAACCCAUGGACAAUCCCAAAUAUGUUGUCAAUGACGAGAAUUGGCUUGGCCCCAGUUUUGGGCUAUUUGAUUAUUGAAGAGGAUUUUAAUAUUGCUCUAGGAGUUUUUGCUUUAGCUGGGCUAACUGAUUUGUUGGAUGGAUUUAUUGCUCGAAACUGGGCCAGUCAAAAAUCAGCUUUGGGAAGUGCUCUUGAUCCACUUGCUGAUAAAAUACUUAUCAGUGUCUUAUAUGUUAGCUUGACCUAUGCAGAUCUUAUUCCAGUUCCACUUACUUAUAUGAUAAUUUCAAGAGAUGUAAUGUUGAUUGCUGCUGUUUUUUAUGUCAGAUAUCGAACUCUUCCAACACCGCGAACACUUUCUAAGUAUUUCAAUCCUUGCUAUGCCACUGCUAGGUUAAAACCAACCUUCAUCAGCAAGGUAAACACAGCAGUCCAGUUAAUCUUGGUGGCAGCUUCUUUGGCAGCUCCGGUUUUUAAUUAUGCUGACAGCAUUUAUCUUCAGAUACUGUGGUGUUUUACAGCUUUUACCACAGCUGCAUCAGCUUACAGUUAUUAUCAUUAUGGUCGGAAAACUGUUCAGGUGAUAAAAGGCAAAUGAAAGUCAUCCAUCAUUGUUAGCAAGGAAGCAAUACACGUCAUCGGCAGCAGGGCCAGUGGAAAUCUACAGGAGUUUCCCCAUUUUCGUGUUCAGCUUGAAAAAGGACUUGUCAGAACAAACCAUGUCAUCUAAAUUUAAGUAAUAUGCAUUGAAAAUAAGCUUGAUCAUGGGCAAAUGCAGACUUUCCAAUGUAUUUUUAAAUACAAAUAAAACUAUAAUUUAGAAUUUU